GGUACUGAUAGACAAGAGCUCAUUAUAGCUCUCCUUUCUGGAAUGAUAACAAGUUCUAUAAUAUAUAUUGAUUAUUUUAGAACUUAUCAUUGUUCUGGGGCUAUUAAAAAGGGAGGCUAUAUUAAGCUCUUAUCUGUUAGCAUCUUUAAUAUUGUCUUAGAUUUGAUAUUUCAUUAUGCAUCUGAAUUCUGA